AUGGAGCAGUUUGCAAGUAUGUGCAGCUCCGAACGAGAGAGGCUUGUCAGACAAGUAUUGGAACUUGCAGUACCUCCUGUGAUGCUACAACAUCUUGGUGUGGAUGGUAUUUUACAGCGCGUGCCCAAAAACUACGUGGCGGCUGUCAUAGGCGCAUGGGUGGCAUCUCGUUUUGUGUACAGUCAAGGAGUUGAUGGGGCAGAGGUCUCUUUUUUCUUCUUUCUACGCAACUUGCUGAGCAAGGCGCAGUAG